GUCAGGUCACCAAGAUACAACCACAAGGAACCAGGACUGAAGCAGAGGAUCUCACUCUCUCUCAGACACACAUUUCAUCUCAUCUACCCGCACGUUAACAGGAACAGGUCACAAUGUUUGGCAUCCACUCCCUGGCUGGUGUUCUCCUCCUGGUCAUCGUACAGAGCAGUUGGCAAGUCCCUCUACAAGAGGCUGAGGACAACUCAAGCUUAGAGACAGCAGACCCACUAUUGGAGGAUUUGGUGGGCGUGCCUAACGUGAAGAGACAUUCCGAGGGAACCUUCUCUAACGACUACAGUAAAUACCAGGAAGAAAGAAUGGCUCAGGACUUUGUUCAAUGGCUUAUGAACUCCAAGAGGAGUGGAGCUCCAUCCAAACGCCAUGCCGAUGGGACCUACACCAGCGACGUGAGCACCUACCUACAGGACCAGGCGGCCAAGGACUUUGUUUCCUGGCUCAAAUCAGGACGGGCCAGACGAGAAUCUGCAGAGGAGAGCAGGAAUGGUCCAAUGAGCAGAAGACAUGUAGAUGGAAGCUUCACCAGCGACGUGAACAAGGUCCUAGACAGCUUGGCUGCCAAAGAGUAUUUACUCUGGGUCAUGACCUCCAAAACCUCAGGGAAAAGUAACAAACGUCAAGAAGAUCAUUGAAAGAAGACAAACGCUUCCUUGUUCAAGAGAAACUUGGAUACUGUGCUACAAAUGAUAAGCCUUGACAAAAACUAAAAGCCAUACUAAAAAGCCAUACUGCUUAGCAUUGUUGUGAUGUUGAUACAAUGUUGGAAGUACUUUUGUUUACUCUACAUUAUGUGAUAAAAAAAAAACAGAUAAUGUAUUCUUCCUUAACUUUGUGGUGCACAAUGCAUCAGGUCAGUUGUCAAAUUAUACAAAUAUUUUUCCAUAAAUUAACAUUAUUUUCUAUAUUUGUAAUGUUGAAAGAAAGGGAACAUGGUAAAAACUCAGAUAUAAUGUGUAAAACUAUCUGGUAACAUUUGUGUGAAUUUGUUUUUUUAUCCCAUAUGUAUCAAAACCUGCUCUGCAAAAUUAAACUCUUUCAUUGUG